AUGGGCCCGAUCACCGGGAACAGGAACAUGACCACCGGGGCUGGCCCCACCACCUCACCCCCGGGGUGCAGCAGUGGGGCUCUUAUGGGCAGUUUUGGGAUCUUUCUGCAGGGCCUGCUGGCAGUGAUGGCCUUCAGCAUCCUUAUGUUAAAACGUUUCCGAGAACCAAAGCACGAGCGACGUCCAUGGAGGAUAUGGUUCCUAGAUACGUCCAAGCAAGCAAUUGGAAUGCUGUUCAUCCACUUUGCAAAUAUCUACUUAUCAGAUCUUACAAGAGAAGACCCGUGCUCUCUCUAUCUGAUCAACUUCCUCCUGGAUGCCACACUAGGCAUGUUACUUAUUUACGCGGGGGUCCGAGCAGUGAGCUGUGUGGUUGAAUGGAGGCAGUGGGAGUCCUUGAGGUUUGGAGAAUAUGGGGACCCUUUACAGUGUAAAGCCUGGGUUGGACAGUGUGCACUCUACAUCCUUAUCAUGAUGUUUGAGAAGACUGCAAUAAUCCUUGUCCUGCUUAUACCCAAUCUAAAAGAGGUGGCCAUGAUAAAACCUGCUUUCCCGAACCCAGAGCUGGAGCUGGCCAUUGUAAUGCUUAUUGUGCCCUUCUUUGUUAAUGCAUUAAUGUUCUGGGUGGUGGACAACUUCCUGAUGAAGAAGGGAAAGACAAAAGCCAAAAUAGAAGAGAAAGAAGGUAGCCCAGAGUCCCGGAACGGUAAUAAGGUCCGGUAUCGGAGGGCGGCCUCAUAUGAUGAUUCUGAAUCUGAAAUUCUCAUUUCAGCAGAUGAUGAAAUGGAAGAGUCUGAUGGUGACGAGGACCUCCGCAGAUUAACAAAUUCCAAGCCUGUUAAGAAAAAGAAGCACCGAUUUGGCCUGUCCGUAUGAUGUUCCUCUAGUUUUUGCACAAUUAUGCCUCCAUCGAACUGAGGUUUACAGGAGAAAACAAGGUCUGGCUUCUCGGCACAAGAUUUCUUCGAGUCACUACCUCUACUUUCUUGUCAGCAUUCAGAGAUGGAGGUGAUGAAGACUGUGUGUUUUUUCCAAGUCAGAACCUUAUGGAAUGGGCACUGGACUUUGAUUUCUCUCCAGUGCUGCUGCCCACCUCUGUACCCGGUGCAGGCCCAGCAACUGUAAAAGAUGCAGACGCCUGGUGUUCCAUAGAUCAAGGUCAAUACCUGCUUGUUGGCAUACUUCUAACCCGACUGCUUGAUCUAUAAUUUUUUUCCGUUUAAUUUGUUUAGAUUUCUUACUUUUCUUAACACCAGAAGAAUGAGGGUGUUUUAAUUGCCUCCCCCUUUUAACACUCGUCUCCUGCCUGAUACCAGCUGUUCACAGGGUAGCAUGGCCAGGGCAUGUUUCUAUUGCUGAAUGCCAUCUGCCCUGAUUUGUAUCAAGCUGCAGUGCUAUUUAUCAGAAUGGGAGUUAUAAUCCCAGAUGCUUUCAUCAUAGUAUCAGUAAUACAGGAACCUUCUCAUAGCAUUCCAAUAUAUUCUUUUCUAUGCAUUGUUGCAUUUCUUAAAUGCAUAAGGUGGCAUGUGCCUACACGUAAUAUUGCCAUUGAAAACUGGUUACUAAAAUCCUGGCCAUGCCAUACUGUGCUAUUUUCUUUUGGAUUGUUUAGUCUCAAUCCUCCAUGGCCCAAAUGCAGGAGUUUGGAGUCGCACCCGGGUACUGGUACCUGAGGGAGCCCAGAAUCCCCUCCUUCACUAAGUAAUAGUAAUGUAGGAGUUUUAUAAAUUGCAUGUGGGAUUUAGGGGCUCUGCAACAGGUUAGGCAUUGGGGCCACAACCCCUGUUACUACUACUGUGUCAUUUGUGGCAUCCUACGAAUAGGUUCACUUGCCCUUAAAGGGCAUCUGUCAGCAGAUUUGUACCUAUGACACUGGCUGACCUGUUGCAUGUGUGCUUGGCAGCUGAAGGCAUCUGUGUUGGACCCAUGUUCAUAUGUGCCCACGUUGCUGAGAAAAAUGAAGUUUUAACAUAUGCAAAUGAGCCUCUAGGAGCAAUGGGGGCGUUGCCUAGAUGCUCUGCUCUCUCUGCAACUGCCGCGCUUUUUCCACUUUGACAGGGCCAGUCGUGAUGAUGUUUUCGAUUAAAGUGGAGAGGACGUGGCAGUUGCAGAAAAAGCAGAGCCUCUAGGAGUAACGGCAACGCCCUCGUUGCUCCUAGAGGCUCAUUUGCAUAUAUUAAAACAUAAUUUUUCUCAGCAAUGCGGGCACAUAUGAACAUGGGACCAACACAGAUGCCUUCAGCUGCCAAGUGCACAUGUAACAGGGUCAGGUCCAUAGGUACAAAACUGCUGACAGAUACCCUUGAGCCUGAGUUUAAUAUAUUAACUUUUAAGUAUGAACCUUUACAGCAUCUGCUAGGAUCCUUUGUAUAUACAGUACAACACUAACGUUCUCCACACCCCGGAUCUGUAUAUGCAAGUGGCUUGAUACAGUUCUAUCGAGCAGCAUUGCCAGAUCAAAUGGACCUUUUGAACAAUGGCUUGCAUACCUGUAGGAUGUUUUAAAGCCAAUGGUAUUCUCAGUAUCGCGUAAACCCCCUCUCGCAAUCCUUUAUGGAAGACUCUGCCUUAACUUUGUUUUAUUGUUACAGUCCCCACCGAGUUAGAUCAUUCCCAGACUCCUUUGCUCUCGGGGAAGGAGUGCACGCUAUUGCUGUGCAAUGCGUGUCUCUUCCUUCUGUCAUCACGGGGGAGUGGGGUUCUGCCAUAUGUCUAGUCUUGUCUUUUCAGUCUUUUUAAUUUAUAUUUUCAUACAAAUAAAAAAAAAAAAGUUAUUUUUUUCUGCAAAAGGUCAAAAAGGGUGACAAAAGAAGUUUUGUCUGUUUAAUUUUUUUUAAAACUAUCUUGUGUUACACGGAAUACGCUGGAGUUAAAAAGUCGAAUUUUGGCUUUUCCGGUGCGCUUCUGUCCGGGAGUAUUUCUGUUUUUGGUCUGGUAUUUUGCACAUAAUUUUACACGGACAAGGACGCAUUCUGCUCGACAUAUGUUCAGUACGUAGAUGAUGUUUUUCAGGGAUUCUUAACCCGUUCUGCCAUGUGACACCACAGACCUAUACUAAAGCAUUGGUAGUGUUUUUUGGCGGACAUGGGGUUAAAGGAAUGUGUUACAUUGCUAAGUGCUUUCACUGAAUCGGAUGUAUGCACUUUUUGAUAACAUAUGAACCGGGGUGAGUGGGGGUCUACUGUUACAUUUUCCCCCACCUUUGUUUCUUCAACAUAAAUGCAAGUUUGCAACUGUUCAUUGUA